AUGUCCUCGCCUCCAACGUCCUUCUAUCUCAUCACCUGCGUCGCGGUGGCUUCGAUCUCGGCCUUGCAGUUCGGCUACCAUAGCGGCGUCAUCAACCAACCACGAGAGGCCAUGACCAACUGCAGCAUCGUGGAUGAGCGCUGGCCUCGAGACUGCGUGCCCAUGAGUGACUGGCAGUGGGGUGCCUUUGUGUCGAUCUUUCUGCUGGGCGGCGUCUUUGGCGGCCUCUCGGGUGGUCAUCUAGCCUCGAUGCUGGGACGGCGUAGCUCGCUACUCUACACCAACAUCCAUUUCCUGCUGGGUGCAGCGCUCUUGUCGUUCGGCACCAGUUUUGCGGUCCUAUGUCUCGGCCGCUUGUUCAUCGGCAUCGGUGCCGGCACAGGAACGGUGGUGCUGCCGCUCUACAUUUCCGAAAUCAGUCCGGCUGCUCGGCGAGGACUCUUUGGCGGCGUGAACCAGCUGUCGAUCGUUCUCGGUGUCUUGGUCUCCCAGAUCAUGGGCUACUCACUUUCCCGUCCGGCAACCUGGAGAAUACUGUUCAUGUUCACGGCGGUCCCGUGCAUCAUUCAGCUCUGGUUGCUGAGAUACUGCGUCGAGAGCCCCAGAUGGCUUGUGUCCCAGGGCGACCGAAUCGGAGCCAGGAAAGCCCUUCAAACACUCCGCGGUUGCGUCGACGUCGACGAUGAGCUCACGGAGCUGCUCGCCGUCUUCAACCAACUCGACGAUGAGUUCGACGUUGGCUCCAGCGGCUCGCUCGAGCCACACUCUCCCUUGAUCUCGCAAGAGUCGAUCGUUCCCCUGUCGACUGUCGAGCUCUUCCAGACGCCCUCUUUGGUCCGCCCGCUGGCCGUGGCCUUUGGCCUGCAAGUGGCCCAGCAAUUCAGCGGCAUCAACGCAGCCAUAUACUACUCGACGACCAUCUUCCAGCAAAGCUUCGACCCCGAGACAGCGAUUCGCCUCACCACUUUUGUCAGCGUCAUCAAUCUGGUGGGAACGCUGGCUUCGACCAUGGUCAUCGACCGCAUGGGCAGGAAGUACAUGCUGCUUCUGUCUCUUCUGUCCAUGUCGCUGUUUGCCUUUGGCAUCGUGAUCGCCUUCCAGUUUGAUCUUUCGCCGCUGCUCAUGGCCGUCUUCUUGAUGUGCUUUGUCGGCGGCUUUUCGAUGGGCCUGGGUGCGAUUCCCUGGUUGAUUGUCCCUGAGCUCCUGCCCCAAGCCGCGAUCGGCUCCGCAUCGUCGAUCUGCACCGCCCUCAACUGGACCUCGAACCUCAUCCUGGCCUUCUUUUUGCCUGCCGCGAUUGCCAUUGCCGGCUACUACGUGUUCCUGUUCUUCUCGAUGGCCCUCCUUGCCUUUGCCAUCUUCACCCAGCUACUCAUGCCGGAAACCAAGGGGAAGACCCCUGAGGAGGUGGCCGAUUCCCUCGACGAUUUGUAA